AUGGCCCUGAGUGUCAGUGAAAAUGGAGCGCAGGUGUGCGGGGCUGAUCUGCACUCUCUCCAUCAUCUUAAGCAGCAGCUGAAGACCACGGAGGAGGGCAUGAAAAAGGAUGGCGCUGAUUCUUUUGGUCCAGAUUUUGUUCGCUCAAAACGGCUGUGGAGUCGGAGAAGGCAUCCCUUGCCAAGAACUGUGUUCGCGGAAGGCAGGAGCGAGCGCGUUCUCUUUUUGCCCUCCCGCAAAGGAUUUGGGCGCCGUGCCAAGUUACCGUCAGGAUUGCUAAUCCACUGCUGGGGCUGCCGUGCCAGCUCAGUUCAGGAUGACAGGCCUGAAUCUCGAAUAUGGACCGUAGCGUUGCUACUUGGGACCUGCCUGCUCUACUGCACGAGGGUCGCCCUGCCCAUCUCUGUUGCCGCCAUGAGCGCUCACUUCGACUGGGACAAGAGGCAGUCGGGCAUUGUGCUGAGCAGCUUCUUCUGGGGCUACUGUCUGACCCAAAUCGCCGGAGGCCACCUGAGCGAUCGGAUAGGAGGAGUGAAAGUUAUCCUUCUCUCUGCAUCCGUCUGGGGCUCCAUCACGGCCAUCACACCUCUGCUCACCUAUGUCGGCUCUGCUCACCUGGUUCUCAUCGCUUUCUCCCGGUUCCUUAUGGGCUUGCUUCAAGGGGUUUACUUUCCUGCCUUGGCAAGCCUGUUUUCCCGGAAAGUGCGGGAGAACGAAAGGGCAUUCACAUACAGCACGGUUGGGACAGGAUCUCAGUUUGGGACACUGGUGAUGGGGGCCGCCGGGUCCCUGCUGCUCGACUGGUAUGGCUGGAAGAGUGUCUUCUACUUCUCGGGGACUCUGACGUUGCUGUGGGUUUACUGCAUGCGCAAAUACCUCGUGAAUGGAAAGGAACUCAUCAUCCCUUUGGAAGACUUAGCAAAGGGCCUCUCCUUAUCCAAACAGACCAAAGUGCCUUGGAAACAGAUAUUCAAAAAGGCCCCUGUAUGGGCAGUGAUCACAGCUCAACUGUGUGCGGCCGGCUCCUUUUUCACCCUCCUCUCCUGGCUUCCGACUUUCUUCAAGGAGACUUUUCCUGAUUCCAAAGGGUGGGUAUUUAAUGUUGUGCCUUGGCUGGUGGCGAUCCCGACAAGCUUGUUCAGCGGAUUCCUUUCCGACCAGUUUAUCAAGCAAGGAUAUAAAGCAAUCACUGUCCGUAAGUUCAUGCAGGUCGUCGGCUCAGGGGUUUCCAGCAUUUUUGCCCUGUGCAUAGGUCACACCAACAGUUUCUGCCAUGCGGUUGUGUUUGCGUCGGCCUGCGUGGGACUACAGAGCUUCAACCACAGUGGCAUCUCAGUCAAUAUACAAGACCUGGCUCCUUCGUGUGCUGGCUUGCUGUUUGGUGUGGCAAAUACCGGUGGGGCCUUAUUAGGUGUUGUUUGUGUGUACCUAGCCGGACAUCUGAUCGAAAUCACUGGUUCAUGGGUAUCUGUUUUCAAUCUCGUGGCAGCAGUAAACGCCUUUGGACUUUGCACUUUCCUCAUCUUUGGGAAAGCCCACAGAGUGGACACAGAAUCUGCUUUUGUAGAACUGUAGGGACCAAGAUUUAGACAGGACACAAAGUCUGGAAUGGGAGAACACAGCAUUUAAACAGGACACCGAGAUAGUUUUUAUGGAUGAAGAAAUGGAUGAAGAAUGAAUGAAGAAAUUGACAAAUGGAUAUCCAAUGGCUUACUGAUAUUUUCAGUUCCAGUGAUGUACAUUUGCCCCUUUAGCAGUUGUCCGGAAUGAUGGUGAUACCAACAAGCUUGCCUGUAGCUACUGCCAGCUGGUUCUCUUUCUACUGGAAACGUUGUUCAAAUUGCAAACAACCACCCACAAAAGUCCACUGCAACAGAGUUGUGGCUACUUAACAUAGUCCCAGGAAGAGCAGAGUCAAGGCCUGAUCUGCCCCUUAAAAAGAGAAGUUGUUUUCUGCAGCCUUAACAUUGGUCCUCCAGGUCACAGCUCAAGUGUGUGUGAAACCUGCAGAUUUUCUGUACCAUUUUGAUUCUGUGUUCCAGAGACCCUCGUUGGCGGGUCUCCUAUCAAAAAUGACCCAACGCAAUUUGAGUUUUCUCAGCCAUUAACCAUGAGACUUCCAGAUAAUGGCUUUGUGUGAGAGCGUGUAUGUGAGCAAUAAUGGCUUAGUUGGUUUUUCUUUCUUCUCAGCUGUUAGAUGACAUCCUGACAGUUUUCUCCAGGGAAGAGUUCCUGUUGUUGGGAGGCAGGGAUAUAUUUCCUGCACACACCAGUAUUUAUUUUUUAAUCUCUAAGGAAAAUGUGAACUUAGGCUUGCCACUCAAGUCAGCAUUUUAACUGGUUUGACUGGUAAAACCAUGUCCUCUCAGAAAACCAGGACUAGGCUUUGAAAAGUCAGUAAACUCUGGAUUCUGCCAGACUCUGCCCAUAAACCUGCCAGAUUCCAUGUGGGUUCUGGCUCCUCCCAUUGGUCCUGUUAAUGUAUUUUUGUCUAGGUCAGGGUUUCCCAAACCUGGGUCUUUGGACUACCGUUCCCAUCAACCCUAGCUAGCAGGACCCGUGGUCAAGGAUGAUGGGAACUGUAGUCCAAAAACUGCUAGAGACCCAGGUUUGGGAAACCCUGGUCUAGGUUGAAGUGCUCUGGUGGAAUUGGCUAGUACCUGUAACGUCACUAGAGAUAGGCAACAAUUUCCCCCCUUUAUUCCAGAACCAUUCAAUUUUGCUUAUUGUUUUGUGUGUGUGUGUGCAUGUGUGGGUAUUUGUAUUUUAAUAGGAUGUAGGGAUUUUGGUUCAUUGUAGGUUGUGUGCUGUGUUACAUAAGCAAAGAAAUGAGGACAUAGCCCCUAGUGGAGAGCUUGCUAGAGGUUUGUGCAAAGGAGAAAACGUAGUUGCAAGAUUGUUUUAUAUAUAAUGCACAGUGAGGCCAUUUAGAUUUCCUGCUGGCUCUCACUUUCCUCCAAGGUCUGUGGGGCAGUAGCCUCAGGAAUUUUAAAGAGGAAUGUGGAUCCAUAGUGUGUCUUAUGAGAGUCCCUUUAAAAAGCAGAGGAGCAGGAAAGCUCUGAGCUUUCAGCAUAAAAUAGUGUCUUGGGCUUCUUGGGAGAGAGCCGUUUGACACUUCUUCCCCAGCCCAGAUCAAGGGUCAGAUGGAAAAUGUGUUGGUGUAAGUCAAGGAAAAAGCACCUUCUGUAAAAUCCUGAGUUCUCUACCUUUUCUCUCUACAAGAUUGCCUGUUUAUAUAUUUUAUCGGUGUUUACGUGAACUGAGAAUGUUGAAAGAACUGAAUGUUAGUCCUUAACUCACCCCCUUGUGCCUUAAGUCUGCAAUUGCUGGAAGGAGCAAAAAUCUGGAGGUCAGGCUCAGGGAUGGCUUCGGCCUAUGUUUCUGACACCAGCGGUGGGAAGAAUUCUGCAGACAGCGCUCUGUUGGAAAAACUUAAUAUGGCAGUGCCCUUCUGCAGCCUGGGUGGCAUUUGCUCAGAGUGAACCCACUGAAAUAACUAAACAUGACCAAGCUGGGCCCAUUAAUUUUAUUAGGCCUUCUUUGAGUAAAACUUGGUGGAAUACUACCCUGUUGAGUCUGAUCCCAAGCCGCCUCUUUGAACGUUCCAGGAACUAGCAGACAAGUGAAGUUUGAAUUUCUCAGAGAUCUCUGUGGAGCUGUUAAAUACCAAAGUUAAUGUUAUGGUUAAUGCACAGCUGUGUGUCUUAGUGCCGCCCACUUCUUAGUAACAUCUGGUGCAGCUGUGGGGAGCCUUUGGUCCUUGAGAUGUUGAUUAACUACAAGUCCCAUCAUCCCCCAGAGGUGUCUGGAGUUGUAGUUCAGCAAC